GGACAAGCCCUAGGUCCUCUAUAAUUACAGCCCAUUCCUUUUUUGAAACUUUUCAUCAAACUCUUAUGAGGGUAUACAUCACAGCUGAUCAGCAUCUCCAUUGCAUCAGUUUUGGGAAGUGGUUGGAUCCAAACUCCUCUGAUUUCCAAAACCACACAGCUCACUUUGUUGGAUAUCUCUCCAUGGUGAAAGGGAUCCUUGGUGUGAAUGCAACCAACACAGAGGGCUUCCUCCUUCAAAAGGACUGGGAAGGCAAGAUCAGGAAAGAUCUUUAGCUCUGGGUCCCACCAAGAGACUCAAAACUUUGGCUGAGCUUUAAGCUUUCCAUCGCUAUGGGCAACUUUUCUACUUUACUUGUUCUGGCCUCUUGCCUGGCCUGCCUCAUCCUGAGAGUCUCCAGCCAGACAGCCGUGAGCUUCAGGAAUACCCCCAUCCCCUUUGAGGUUCUGGAUCAAGACAAAGCUUACAGUCUCAUUCAGCCUGGAAUAUUUACAAAUUCCAGAGCCACUGUCAACUUUUCAGGCAACCUUAUUGGAGAUGGCAUCACAGAGAGCCCACAGCUGUCAGUCAUGUGUGCCAAGCCAACAGAAAUCCGACAGGCCUUCAAGUACAUUAACACGUUUGUGUCUUGCACUAUCUUCAUUGUGGGCAUCAUUGGGAACUCCACCCUCCUGAGGAUCAUCUACAAGAACAAAUGCAUGAGGAAUGGGCCUAACGUCCUCAUUGCCAGCCUGGCUCUUGGGGAUCUUCUCUACAUUCUCAUUGCCUUGCCCAUCAAUGUAUAUAAGCUGCUUGCAGAAGACUGGCCUUUUGGUGUGCAGGUGUGCAAAUUGGUGCCAUUCAUACAGAAGGCCUCUGUUGGCAUCACAGUCCUCAGCCUCUGUGCUCUCAGCAUAGACAGGUAUAGAGCUGUGGCCUCUUGGAGCCGGAUCCAAGGGAUUGGCAUCCCCAUGUGGAAGGCUGUUGAGGUGACCCUAAUCUGGGCGGUGGCGAUCAUCCUAGCUGUCCCUGAAGCCAUUGCUUUUGACUUGGUGGAACUGAAUUACCGUGAACAGACGCACUGGGUCUGCAUGCUGGCUGCUGAACAGAAAUCCAGCUUCAUGACGUUCUACAAGGAUGUGAAAGAUUGGUGGCUUUUUGGCUUCUACUUCUGCCUGCCUCUGGCCUGCACUGGCGUCUUCUAUUCCCUCAUGUCAUGUGAGAUGCUGAGCAAGAGGAAUGGCAUGAGGAUAGCACUCAACGACCACAUGAAACGGCGCCGGGAAGUGGCCAAGACAGUGUUCUGCCUUGUGGUGAUAUUCGCCCUCUGCUGGCUACCUCUCCAUCUCAGCAGGAUCCUUAAGAAGACCAUUUAUAGUCAACAAGAUGCUGAUAGGUGUGAACUGCUUAGCUUCCUUUUGGUCAUGGAUUACUUUGGCAUCAAUAUGGCUUCACUCAACUCCUGCAUCAACCCCGUGGCUCUCUAUUUUGUCAGCCGGAAGUUUAAGAAUUGCUUUCAGUCAUGCCUUUGUUGCUGGUGCCAGAGACCAGCUCUUGGCAUUGCACCAACAGAUGACAAGGGCUCUGUUGGGAAGUGGAAAGCCAACGGGCAAGAAUUGGGCCUCGACCGGAGCAGCUCCCACUUGAAGUACAGCUCUUCGUAGACGAGGGAAUCAAGAAGAGGAGGGUCCACCAGGACUAUAAAGAUGGCUAGCCUGAUUUUCCUUGUGGUUCCUCUUCAACUUCUCUGCUUUAUUCUGGAAGGAACUGGCAAUUUCAUCGCCCAGCCCUUUGAAAAGGUCUUGCUCACCUGAUGUUCCUUAGCCCCUUAUUACUUCCUUAACCCCACCACAUUAAUGAAUUGUUCUCUCUUUCUAAACAGCAGUAUCCCUCAUAAAAAUAAAUGGCAGGUUGGAGCAGACCAAAGGCGCUUAUAGUCUAGAGGUGGGGAAAUUUGGGCCUCUCUGGCUGAUUGCUGAUGCUCUCCCAUGUUACACACCCCAACAGCCUUGCUUUGCACCCUCCUUGGCAGCUUUUGCCUGCUGAGAAUGAACUGUGAUUGCGCUCCUUACCUGCCUGGAUGGAGAGAGAGGUGAGUAGGGGUGGUGUGUGAAACCUUUUAAACAUGUGUAGCUGGAAAGUAGCCUACUGUACAAAGUUAAGAGUCAAAUUCAUUGUUCUGCCCAUUUUUGCUGCCCAUUUGCAUGUGGCCCCUGUUAGGCUGCCUACUGGUGAAUGUGGCCCUUGAGCUGAAAAAGAUUCUGCACCCAAAGAUGCAGUUGGUGUAUUAGGUUCCUAUUUUCCCUGGAUAUCAAAUAAGGGCACAGUUGGAGAGAGGGAGGACAUGGAGAACAGGAAAGCAGAAGGGAUGUGGUUCUGGAAGGGACAGAAUGCUGGAAAGGAAUUGGACUAUAUAGCAGAUUCCCUUCUCCCUUUUGCCUAAAGCCAGGUGGGUAGAUCUAUAGCUAGGGAUGGGAGGGAGAUAAAUCUUAUUCAAUUCACGUUUAAAGCCAAAUCUAUCAAAUUCACAAAACACAGCUGUCCUUCUGAAUUUGCAUGUGUCCAGAUUCUCCAGUCAGUUCUGCAGCCAAACAAUGUUUACAAAAAUGCAUGUAUCAGAGGGGCAGUGUGCAUAAAAAUUGAAUACAUUAGUGAAGAUAACAUAAAAAAUGCAUGUGUUAGUCAAAACUAAAGGCAAAAAUGUGUUUAUUAGGCCCUAAUACACUGACGGACUUUCAUGAGAAUUUUUUUGGAAAAGAUUUUUGCGAAAUGCUGUAUAAAUGUGGGAAACUGAACUUAAGGUGGGGAAAAUGAGAAAGUGAAAUAACUAAAACUGAGCGCUAUUUCCAUCCCUAUCUGUAGCAAAGCAGACUGUGUGGCUAUGGAUUAGGGUGAAGUGGUCGUAGAUUUCCUGCUAUGGCCAGUCCCUCUCCUAGGGACGAGGGAAAAAAUUGAUUCCGUUCGCAUUUAAAGGCAAACUUACUUGAUUCAUACUUUCUGAAACAGUAGGUGAUCUGAAACUCAGCCCUACUUCAGAAUAGUGGCAAGUCUCUAAAUUUUGCAGCUGUCUUUCACCCACAUUUAAUUUAACACACACCUAUAAACAUGAUAAUAGCAUACAAACAUGUGUUACAUUAGUGGAAAUUGCUUCCCCCAAAAAUGUGUGCAUCAAACAAGAUUGCUUACAAAUAUGUGUAUAUGAGCAGAAAUUCACAAUGAAAUGCAGAUGAAUUUUCAUGCGGAUUUUUUUAAAAAAUGCUAACAGAUAUGUAAAUAGGGAGAAUUGAACAUGAGAUUAGAAAAUGUGUCCUUGGACUAUUGUACUGCCUUUUCGGUGGAAGUUGCAUGUAUGCACAGUAUAGAAAACCUCUGAUUCCAAUAUAGCUGACUGCAAUCAUUAUCUGUUGCUCCACCCACUUUUGCCUCCGGCCCCACCCACUCCAUGUAUGCAGGCUUUGGAAGGUUGGCCAAGACGGAAUGUGGUCCUUAGGCUGAAAAAGGUUCCUCACAUUCUUCUUCUUCUUUGGCAAUCACUUGUAGCCAAGUAAGAUUGUCUUCCAUAAACAAGGCUUUAUCAGUGAGUCCAUAAGUGACUGUGGAGGCCAAUUCUGGAUCCACACAUCCUUCCACUGUGGGGGCAUAUGUUUCCGGGCGGGAGU